AUGGCCUGCGAUAUCACCCGAGUCUUCACUAGCACUGUUCGCGCUCUUUCCACCUCCUCGAUGUCCCAAAAGUCCUCCACCGCUUCCUCCGUUGCUAUUGAGGGGCACGCUUUGCCACCGACCACCGAUACCUUCUCGUCUCGUGCCCAUCGUCUCCACUCUGAGUUGGUGACGGUACGUCAGCACCUUGCUCAUGCUGGUGAGUUGAGUCGUGCACUGGCCACAAACGACUCUGCGCGCCAGCGGAUGUAUCACGAGGUUGCGAAGGUGAUAAACAGUGCGCUGGAACAGUGUGGACAGCUGUUGCAGCAGCUGCAGCGAUGCCGCAGCGGAGGAGAGGCGGGCAAGGGGCAGGCGAGUGAACACCGUAAGGCGGUGUGUCGGUCGUUGGAGGAAUUUUUGAAGUCACUUCAGAAGGCACGAGAUGAACAGGUAUCCACCUACUGCCGUCGAGUGGAGUUAGCUUGUCGCCUAGGUGAAAUUCCCCCUUCCUCCCAUCAGGAGUCGUAUUUUAGUAGUGUCAUUCGAAAACGUGGUGGUAGUAGUGGUGGUAUUGGAAGCAGUAGUGGCGGCGACACCAGUUGGCUCUUUAGCACCCCACCACAAAAUGCCGAAGCCCUGCCACCGGACUCUCUGUCAGAAGCGGAGCUGAAACAAUUGGAGAUGGAGAACGCGGAGGUUUACUUACACUUCCUCUCUGAACGCAAUGAGAUCCAACGUCUGGGCAGCCAGAUCUCGGAGAUUGGACGCCUGCAGGCUGUGGUGACGGAGAGUCUGUUGGAGCAAGCAGAGCUAUCAUGUCGCCCACUUCGACGAAUGCUCUUAUCUGGUUCCACUCAAAUAAGGGCGUUUUAUGUCACAGGACAUCAUAGGCAAAUAGUUGUCACUGGAAUCCAACCAACAGGGUAUCCUCAUCUAGGUAACUAUUUCGGGAUGAUAAAGCCCUGCGUCAGACUACAAUCAGAGGGAAGUGUGGACCAAUUCUUUUUAUUGAUUGCCGACUUACAUGCCUUGACCAAACAUACUCCUAACAAUGAUCGGGCUCAGUCGACACUUAAGUUGGGAUCCGCACUUUUGGCCUGUGGUAUCGACCCAGCUUUAAGAUCUGAAGACUCAACGGCCAAAAGGAAAACAAUUCUCUUUCCUCAGUCAAGCGUUACUGGCCACUGUGAACUAGCUUGGAUUCUGGCUUCACAAUGUACUGUUAAUAGUAUCGAAAGUGUCUGUGUGGUUAUCCACAUAAUUAAGAAGGCCCAGUCCCCUCUCAUUCUUCAUCCACAGCGUCUGGCACAUCUGCCGCAGUGGCGGGAGAAGUCGGAGGCUUCAGGGGAGGUCGGCGCCUCUGUGGGUCUCUUCACGUACCCCCUCCUCAUGGCGGCCGACGUGCUACUCUACGCCGCCGACUUCGUACCUGUUGGCGCUGAUCAGAUCACUCAUCUCGAACUCACCCGUGACCUCGCUCGUGUGACUUUGACCCACUGGCCAGCGCUCCAGGGCCUUCUCAAGUCUCCUUGCUUAAAGCUGACCGAAACGCCAAAGGUCUACAAUCUUCGAGAGCCAACGAAGAAAAUGAGCAAGUCUAUGGGCCCUGACUCCGGUGUCAUUUGGUUAACCGACCCUCCGGACACAGUUCAAUCGAAGGUGACGCGUGCACAAACCGAUUCCAUCCGUCAGUUGACCUAUGACCCCGUGACUCGGCCUGGCGUGGCUAACCUCAUGCAAAUAUUCGCCGCAGCAAAGGAUGUCCCAAUCCAAGAGGCCGUGGAACAGUUGGUGAAAUUGUCGAAAGUAGAGCUCAAAAAUGUCGUUACUGACGUCAUCGUGGAGGAACUUACGCCUAUUCGAACACGCUUGGCGGAAUUGGAGAGCUCUGGGCUUGUUCAGAACGCUCUUUCGGCUGGAGCUCGAAUAGCGAACCUUGUGGCUUCACAAAAUCUGCGGAAAAUUAAGGAAGUCAUAGGCUUGCAUUGCUACUAA